GAGUUGCCCCAGACGCUCUACUAUGGCGCUCGUAAAGUCGUCGUUUCAGGUGGGGACUUCAUAGCAUCCUGUUCUGUUUCGCUUUGGUGGGAAGUACAACCUGCGUUUCGCUACUCCUGGUUUGAAUUUUAAUUACAUUUACCUCCGGACCGGCCAUGACCGUGGAGCAGAAUGUCCUCCAGCAGCAUUCUCAGAAGCACCAGCAGACACUACUAAACCAGUUGAGAGAGGUUACUGGCACCACGGACAUUCAGCUGCUUCAGCAGGCCCUGCAGGUGAGCAAUGGAGACCUGGCUGAUGCUGUUGCCUUUCUGACAGAGAAAAAUGCCAAAGUUCCUCAGCAAGAAGAGACUACAUACUACCAGACAUCCCAGGUGGCAAGCGACAGAUAUAUCAGUGUUGGCAGCCAGGCAGACACAAAUGUAAUUGAUCUGACAGGGGAUGAUAAAGAUGACCUGCAAAGGGCUAUUGCCCUCAGCCUGGAGGAGUCCAACAGGGCUUUCAGGGAAACGGGCAUCACUGAUGAAGAACAAGCCAUCAGUAGGGUUUUGGAGGCCAGCAUAGCUGAGAACAAAGCAAGUCUAAAGCAUACUCACACAGAAGUGUGGAGCGAUUCACCCAACCCACAUGACAGAAAGAGGAUUGAUAACUGCUCAGUGGGUCUGAAAAAUGUUGGCAAUACCUGCUGGUUCAGUGCUGUCAUACAGUCUCUGUUCCAUUUACUGGAGUUCCAGAGACUGGUUCUGAACUACUCACCGCCUUCCCGAGUCCUUGACCUGCCUCGUAACCAGAAGCAAGAUGUGAGUGAGUUCACCCACAAGCUACUGGACUGGUUGGAGGAUGCCUUUCAGAUGAAGGCUGAAGAAGACAGCGUGGGAAAGAAGCCAAAGAACCCCAUGGUGGAGCUUUUUUAUGGGCGCUUUCUUGCUGUGGGUGUAUUAGAAGGUCAAAAAUUUGAGAACACUGAGAUGUUUGGACAGUAUCCCCUGCAGGUGAAUGGCUUCAAAGACCUCCAUGAAUGUCUUGAGGCUGCAAUGAUUGAGGGGGAGAUUGAGUCUCUGCACUCAGCUGAGAAUUCUGCCAGAUCUGGUCAAGAGCACUGGUUCACAGAACUGCCUCCAGUGUUGACCUUCGAGCUCUCACGGUUUGAGUUUAACCAAGCUCUCGGUCGACCUGAGAAGAUCCACAACAAGCUUGAGUUCUCCUCUAUGCUCUACAUGGACAGGUAUAUGGACAGAAACAGGGAAAUAACCAGAAUCAAGAGGGAGGAGAUCAGAAGGCUGAAAGAGCAUCUGACACUGCUCCAGCAGCGACUGGAGAGGUACCUGAGUUAUGGCUCAGGCCCCAAGAGGUUUCCUCUGGCCGAUGUCCUCCAGUAUGCCAUGGAGUUUGCCUCCAGCAAACCUGUUUGUACUUCACCAGUGGAAGAUAUUGACACAUCAGCACCACCUGGUGGCACAACAGGACAGCAGUUACCACCACCAAGCACAGCUGAGCAGGAUUCCUUACCUUCUGUAGAGAGUUCAGGCCCUGCCUCAACCCCCACUGCAGCCCUGCAGCAGAGAGUACCUGUUCAUAAGCCGUUUACUCAGUCCCGACUACCACCCGACCUUCCCAUGCACCCUGCCCCACGCCACAUCACUGAAGAAGAGCUAAGGGUGCUUGAGAGCUGCUUACAUCGCUGGAGGAGUGAGGUAGAGAACGACACCCUAGAUCUGCAAGGCAGUAUAACGCGAAUCCACAGAACUAUUGAUUUAAUGUACUCUGAUAAAUCUAUGAUGCAGGUUCCUUAUCGGCUUCAUGCAGUGCUGGUCCAUGAAGGCCAGGCCAAUGCAGGUCACUACUGGGCGUAUAUCUACAACCCCCAUCAGUGCUGCUGGAUGAAGUACAAUGACAUCUCCGUCACUAAGUCAUCCUGGGAGGAGCUGGUCAGGGACUCUUUUGGGGGCUACCGCAAUGCCAGUGCCUACUGUCUGAUGUACAUUAAUGACAAGAAGCCAUUCCUCAUUGAAGAGGAGUUUGAUAAAGAAACAGGUCAGGUUCUCAGCGGCAUGGACAAAUUGCCUCCAGACCUUAAGCAGUAUGUGAUGGAAGACAACGAGCUGUUUGACAAAGAGAUUGAGGAGUGGGACGCUAUGCAGGCCCGCAAGGCCCAGCAGGAGAAGCUCGCCCUAGCUUCAGCAGCUGCUGCUCUGACAGCAGUAUCCAGCACUUCAAUGUCGUCUUCAUCUCCACAACCCAUGAGUAUUGAGUCCAGUCCUCCAGACAAUGCAGCACCCCAGCAGGAUCCAGAGUACAUGGAGCAGCCAUCACCUACAAAUGACUUCAAACACCUGCAGGAGGACACUGAGAGGGCGAUCUGCAGAGCUGCUGCUGAACAGGAGGGGAGGAGCCCUGAAGCCUUGUUGAACGCUGCCAUCAAGUUGGAGUAUGCUCGUCUUCUGAGGUUUGCCCAAGAGGACACAUCACCUGAGAAUGACUACCGAUUACAGCAUGUUAUUGUCUAUUUCAUACAAAACGAGGCCCCGAAGAAAAUUCUGGAGAGAACACUGCUCACACAAUUUGCUGACAGAAACCUGGCCUUUGAUGAGAGAUGUAAGAGCAUUAUGAAUGUGGCACGUGCAAAACUGGGCCUGAUCAAGCCUGAGGAGAUCAACAUGGAUGAAUACGAGAUGUGGCAUCAGGACUACAGGAAUUUCCGUGAGAUGACUAUCUUCAUGGUGACUGGUUUGGAGCUCUUUCACAAGGCAAAUUAUGUGGAGGCCCUGAUCUAUCUCAUUUACUCAUACCAGUACAACAAGGAGCUUUUGUUGAAAGGACUGUACAGAGGGCACAGCGAGAAGCUUCUGGGUUAUUAUCGCAGAGAGUGUUUGCUGAAACUAAAUGAGCAAGCAGCUGCCAUGUUUGAGCUGGGAGAGGAGCCAGAGGUGACCUCAGGACUCAGCAUAAUGAAUGAGCUGGUGGUACCCUGCAUCCCUCUGCUGCUGGCUAAUGACAUGGAGAAGGAUUUGCUUGCAGUGGAGGACAUGAGGAACCGCUGGUGCUCCUACCUGGGUCAAGAGAUGGAAUCAAAUCUGCAAGAGAAGCUGACGGACUUCCUGCCCAGGUUACUGGACUGCUCCACAGAGAUCAAAAGCUUCCACGACCCCCCCAAACUGCCCAGCUACUCCACCCUGGAACUGUGCGAGCGAUUCAGCUGCAUCGUGGCUGCAAUCAGCAGGGUGCCAGCUGAAGAAAGAUGAGCUGUGAGGAGACGGCGUUCCUCAUGGCAGGCCCGACUCCAGGACUUCUCUUUAUGCUUGCCUUCCUCAUGAGUCCAGGACUCACCUGCUCCUCGCUCUUACUCCUGUUACUGCUACUCUUUUGCUGCUGUAGAUUUGAUCAUUGUGAAUAUUGUUUCACUCUUACACAAAA